AUGUUUGCCACUAGGGUUCUCCGCCAGGCGGCUGCUGCUGAGCGCACUCCGAUGAUCAAGUUCAUUGGCAAGCGGCCCAUUCCAGAGUCUAUUGACCAUUCUGCCCGCAAUGUCCACCCUGCCUCUCCCUCCCCUCGACUUCCUUCCGACUUCACCUCCGCCCCAUCGGCUGCCAACUUCUCCUCCUACAGACAGAAGGCCAUCCAGCAUGGCCCUCUUAGUCGCGGCAUUGGCGCCGUCUCCGGCCAGUCGCUCGGCCCCGUCGCCCCGGCCAAGGGCGAAUACUUCGACCGCGACCAGCUCCCCGCCCGGUUCCGCCGCAGCCUUCUCGACAUGGCUGAGAUCGAUGCUAUUGAGACCGGCGAGGAAUCUGAGGGUGGCAAAAGCACACCGUAUAAAGACGAAAACAAAAACGCAAUGAUACCCUACGGACUAGACCCCGGAUGCAACAUCAUCGCCUCCGUCUGCCAUGCGAAGGAUACGCAUGCUUGGGCGUGUGAUGAUUGGGAGGUUCUACCAGGAAUACUGGGAACACUCCCGGCGGAGGUCGAUGUUACGUGGAAAUGCUCUUUGGGUGGCGGCAAUGGUGGGGGAACCGGCGUAGAUUUUCUUGCGGGAUCGUGCGUGGUGCGCGUUUAG